GUGAACUUAUGCGGGUCUCUUCAGCACGUCAGCUGUUCCUUGAAGGAAGCUGAUCCUGUUGCCCACGCAACAAGCACAGGCACACCUCCCUGCUAAGCUCCUUGUAUUAUUAUUGUUUUCCCAAACACCGGGAAAAGGAACACCUGCUUGGAAAUGGAAACCAAAGAUCCUACUGGAAAAGAAAGUGCCGGGGUCAGGAAAAAGAACCUCACUUUCCUGAAGCAGAGAUUGUACAUGCUGGAGAGGAGGAAGACGGACACGGUGGUGGAGAGCAGCAUUGCAGGAGACCUCAACAGCAGCUCUGCACCUUUGAGGAGGAGCCAGUCAGAUAGGAGCGAAUACAACCUGAAAUUGCAAGAAAAGAUGGCGCCCCAUUCAGGAUCUGUAGGACCAGUUGGUUUACCCCUGGAAACUGAAGAACAACUGAUUAAGCGAAUGAUGGCCAGAAGGCAAAAGAUAAUUGCAGAAAUACUCCAAACAGAAAGAGAUUAUCUUGGUGACCUGGAACUCUGCAUCAGAAUAGUGGUUGAGCCCUUGAAAAAAAGGCAGAUUGCGCGACUUGAUGUGGACAGCUUAUUCAGCAACAUUGAAUCGGUCCAUGAAAUAUCAUCCAAACUGUUGUCAUUGUUGGAAGAAGCAACAUCAGAUGUGGAACCAGACAUGCAAGAAAUUGGUCAAGUGUUCCUACAGAUUAAAGAUGUACUAGAAGAAGCAUACAAAAUCUACUGUUACCACCACGAUGAUGCUCACCUUCUUCUGGAAUUCUAUGAAAAGGACGAGGAAUUGAAACAGUGUAUAAAAGACUGUCUACAGUCCUUGAAAAAGAUCUAUGAAGAAGGGGGGAAACCAAAUCUUCUAGAUAUGGGAUCUCUGAUGAUCAAGCCAAUACAACGUGUAAUGAAGUACCCUUUGUUAUUGUGUGAGCUCUUAAAUGCCACCCCUAGGUCUCACCCCGACCACAAAGCCUUGCAGGAUGCCUUGGUUGCUAUGAAAGAGAUGAAUAUGAAUAUAAAUGAACUUAAAAGGAGAAAGGAUAUAGUGCUUAAGUAUAAGAAGAAUGAUGAAGAUGAAUCUUUGAAGGAUAAAUUUUCAAGGUUAAAUAUUCACUCAAUUAGUAAAAAGUCCAAGAGAGUGACCGGUCACCUGAAGAUUCUGACAGGAGGAGAGCCUCAGGUGAAAGAUGAAGUUUUUAAUAAAGAGGAGAAGUUAUUCAAAAGCUUAGAAAAGACAGUCAAACUAUGUGUGAAGAACAUUCCAUUGUCUCUUCAGCAUUUAGAAGACUCUGUAUUUCUUGGAGCACAGUGCAUAACUGAUCUUCAGGAUCUGCUACAUGAGAAUGAAGAUGGAGCAAACAGAUCUUCAGAUGCAUUGAUUAAUGCUGGGCAUCCCAGCAAACUGUUUCUGAAUCAAGUGGAGAAGUUGGUGUUGACGCCACUAACUGCCCUGCAGACUCUCUUCCUCGGCCCCCAGAAGCUUAUCCAAAAGCGUUAUGACAAACUUCUGGAUUAUAACAGCUUGUAUCAAAAGGCUUCAGGGGAUGAUACUGAUCUGGCCAGGAAAGAAUACGAGGCCCUCAAUGCACAGCUGGUGGAGGAGCUCCAGCGAUUCAAUGAAGCAGCAAAGAAAAUUGUAACCAGUUGCCUAUGUUGUCUCAUCACUCUCCUGAAAGACAUGAUGUCAUCGGCAUCACAAUCCUUUUCAACCAACGAAUCCCAAUUACUAGCAAUUAAACCGGAGAAAACGUCUCCAACUAUUAGUGAAAUACAUGACCAGGUUCUUGAAGAUGUUCACAAUUUGAAUUGUAUCAAGGAAAACCACUGUGCAACUUUUAUUGAAAGAAAGCUGAGUUUUGAAAAAAAGAGGCCUGUCUCUCUCCAGCCUGAAUUUCCCCGUCAGAAAGAAGUCCACCGAUUAAUGCUACUUUCUAUGUACAAUGUGGACUUGCUAUACCAAGCCAAGCGUAACUGCAAUGCUACACAGGAGUUGGAUAUUGAUCUUUAUGAAGGAGAUGUGGUGGCUGUCAUAGACCAAAAGGAUCCUUUUGGCUGUACAGGCAGGUGGCUUGUUGAUACUGGAAUUCUAAAAGGAUACGUUUAUUCUUCCUUCCUGAAACCCUAUAAACCAGCCAAGGCACAAAAAACUCCUGGGGAAAACGAUUUCUGUGAUGGUGACUUUGAUAACAUCAGCCUUUUUGUCUCUUCACGAUCACUGGAUGACAACAUUACAAAACCCACAGGACACAAAAGAAGUGGCAGUGACUCUUCCUAUAAUAGCCUUUGUGAAAAAGAAUCUGUGAAUAGCUCAGAAUUGGAGAGCUUUUAUGAAACAGAUGAGCAACAGACUUUCUAUGCCGUUCAUGCAUUUCAAGCAAGGAGUAAGCAGGAACUCAGUCUUCACGAAUAUCAGCGAGUUCAAAUCCUUUGUUUUUCGGACCUGAGUGGCAAUAAAGAAUGGUGGUUAGCUGAAGCCGAAGGACAAAAAGGAUACGUACCAGCUAAUUAUCUUGGGAAGAUGACAUACACGUAAAUACCAGAUUUAGCUUACAGAAUAAAUUCUGAAAGCCAGAAGACUUUUAUUGCGAUAUUUUCACCUGUGAAUUUCUGUGCCUUAAAAAAUGCAAUAAGCUAAGAGCUUCUAAAAACCGGAAUUGAAGUACUUGUGAAGAAGAGUUUUUGAUGGAAUGCGUAUAUUUGCUUUUAAACUUUUGUCACACUGGACAAGCCGCAAAGGUUGGGGAUCGCUGCUCUACACGACAAAGAUCUCAUGACAUAAUAAUCUAGUUGGUCCCUUGGGGGCCACAAAAUGUCUUGUUGAUCUUGGUUGCAAAAGCCUAAUACAAGUAAUCCAACUAUGCCAGCUAUAAAAUUCAGAGUUUGACUUUUGUAGAUUUGUGAAUGAAUCAAGGAUGGGCAAGGAGAACCCUAUAUGGUCGAAGAAUGUUCUCAGUUUUCUAAAUACUCUUAAAAACAGUUUAGACUCAGGAAUAAGGAACUGAAGUGGUACAGAGGAGUUGAGAAAAUUCACCGGAGAUUACUUGCACAUGGAAGUGCCUUUUUGGUUAUAUAAGACAUGUCUAGAUCCAAGCUUAUAAAGAUUUCAAGAACUGAAUGCACUUUUUGCUGAUCUUUCAAUAGAAUAUUAGUUCUUAAUCUCAGAUUAAGAACUGUAAUCUCAGAACUGUAAUUCUGCUGAAAAUGCUUCCUGAAACGUAUUUUAAGUGACAGCGGUUAGCCUCAAUGGAGAGAUAAAUGCAGUUUGGUAUACACUCACCAGGAAUUAUGCUCUAUCAAUUCUAAUGGGAGCCAUUUCUUGUUUCAGAACUGUUUUUUAAGGAUAAAUCCAGUGGUGGGUUGCAGGCGGUACGCCCUGGUACUGGUGUACCGGAGCCUGC